UCAAUACAAUGGAUAAUCAAAGUGUUCCUCGAUUACCAGGACCAGCCAUAAAUCCCAUAGUAGAAAAUUCAGAUGAGCCACAGCCAAGUCUAUCGGAUUUACAUGACUUUGAACCGAAAUUAGAAUUUGAUGAUUCUGAAUUGUUGGCAGUACCAUUUACACAUACAACACAUGAUGUGAUGGACGAAGAUUUCGUUAUUGCUGAAGAUCCCAAUGAUGAACCAACAGAAAUUGUUAAUCCAUUGGAAGAUGACUUUGAAGAUCAACUGAGGGAAGAAAAUGAAAAUUUCAGCAUUUCACCAAAACGCAAAAACUGUGAUUUCUUGGGUACCGAUAAACAAGGACGUCACAUAUUCGGUAUAUAUGCCUCUAGAUUCCCGGAAAAAUCACAAAUGGAAAGUUUUAUACGGGACAUUAUUAAAGAAAUUGAACCCUAUGUUGAGAAUGACUAUAUACUGGUAUAUUUCCAUCAAGGUCUAAAAGAAGAUAACAAACCAUCCGCCCAAUUUCUUUGGAAUUCAUAUAAAGAACUGGAUCGCAACUUUCGCAAGAAUUUGAAAAAUCUCUACGUUGUCCAUCCCACCUGGUUUAUACGUGUUAUCUGGAAUUUCUUUAGCCCGUUUAUUAGUGAGAAAUUUCGCAAAAAGCUUGUCUAUAUUUCCAAUUUGGAUGAACUGCGUCAGGCCUUGGGAUUGUCGAAAUUAAAAUUACCCGAUAAUAUAUAUAAUUUUGAUGAUAGUCUAAAUCAUUCACGUCGUCAUCAUGCUCCAACCAUCGACGAUCGUGUAACGCACAAACAAAUGGCUAAAACGGCACAAUUCGGGGUAACGUUGAAAUUCAUCGUUACCAAUAGUCCAUGCUUGAAUUCAAUACCGCCCAUUGUACGUAAAUGUGUCGAUUCGUUGUCGAUAACCGGUAUGAUUGACACCGAGGGUAUAUUCCGUCGUUCGGGAAACCAUUCGGAGAUUAUUGCUUUAAAGGAGCGUGUCAAUCGCGGUGAAGAUGUCGACUUAAAGGAUGUAAAUGUUCAUGUUAUAGCUGGCCUAUUGAAAAGCUUCCUCAGAGAUUUGGCUGAACCAUUAUUGACAUUUGAAUUAUACGAUGAAAUAACUAGCUUUCUUGAAUGGCCCAAAGAGGACAGAUCGCGCAAUGUAACAAUGUUGAUACGCGAAAGACUGCCUGAAGAAAACUAUGAAUUAUUUAAAUACUUAGUGGAGUUUUUAGUGAGAGUUAUGGAAUGUGAAGAUCUUAAUAAGAUGACCUCUUCGAAUUUAGCCAUUGUCUUUGGUCCCAACUUCCUGUGGUCGGAUAAAAAGACAACAUCCCUAGACGAAAUUGCGCCCAUUAAUGCAUUCGUUGAUUUUGUAUUGCAAAAUCAAAAGGACAUCUAUUUAGUUGACAUCAACCAAGGUCCGACGCCAAUUGGCUGAGAAACACA